UCUCUUUCAAAAAUAAAGAAACAACGUCCUUAAAAUACGGGAAGUUCUGCUAAUUCAAACUAUGUGAAUCAUUUAUCUUCUGUACUCCAAAAGCAACCACUGUAUUUCCACUUGCAAUGUAGAACAUCAAAGCUUCUAAACUAACAUUUCCUUUAUGUUUGUGAAAGAUAAUCUGUGAAAUAACUCUCCUGUUUACAGACUUAAAAAAUUCUGGGAACAGAGGCAACCUGAUAAUUAUGGUGGAGGUGAAGAUUGUGCACAGAUCUGGGAAAACUCCCAGAUAUGGAAUGAUAAUAAAUGUGGUGCUUCUUUCCUGUGGAUCUGUGAAAAGGCUCCAGAGUAAUGAUGGUAAGCUGACAAGAAGAGGACAGAGAGAGACAUGCAGUGGAUUCGACGAACUGGCCACUCACUCUCACCACUGUACCAAACCUACUGAGACUGCUGUGUGCUUGCUCAACAUGGAUAUUCCAAGGGCUCAUCUGAUGUCCAAGAGAUUCCUAAAGGCUCUUCCAACCGUUCAUUGGCUCCAAGACAACUUUCUUUGUGUUAAGAGUCUCCACACCCUCAUGUUACCCAAGGGUGUAAUAUGAGGGUGUGCACAGCUCUGCUACAGCUGUUCCUCAUUUGCCUCUGAUUAGCUCAUCUGAUUAUUCUGUCAGUUCCACCUCUGCCUUGAUAUAUAAGUUCAUCCGUUGUCAUUGCUUUUCACUAGACUCUUCUGCUUUCUGCUUGCCUUACUCGACCUGCCCUACGUAAAUUUAUUAUUAGACAGUCAAACCAAUGGAGGAAAUAUAUGCUAAUGAUGAUUCAGUCUGCAACAUUUCAGUUGUAAAAGACAGAGGUUCUAGCAGCUCUAAGAAGAGGCUCUAUGUGGUUAUUAUCUUUUUGGGGAUCCUGAGUGUUGGCCUCCUUACUGGACUCAUCAGCCUUGGUUUCCACAAGAAAACUUGUCCUGCAGGAUGGAGCAUGUUCAGCGGUUCUUGCCAUGUCCUCUCUACAACAUCUGGCGCCUGGUAUGAAGCCAGAGCGGACUGCAGGACCAGAGGAGGAGAUCUGGUGGUGAUAAACGACGCUGAUGAACAGAAAUUUGUUCUUACCCUCACUGAGACGUCAACAUGGAUUGGUUUGACUGAUCAAGUUACGGAGGGAUCCUGGAAGUGGGUUGAUGGCACUCCUCUGAGUUCUCAACUUAGUAAAUUCUGGGGCCAGAACCAGCCUGAUAAUGGUGGUGGAUACCAUCAAUAUGGAGAAGAGGAUUGUGCACAUAUCUGGAAUAACUACAAGAAAUGGAAUGAUGUUGGUUGUGGUAAUUCUUACCUGUGGAUCUGUGAAAAGGCUCCAGAGUAAUGAUGGGCUUUGUUGGCUCCAUUUGGCAGUUGUCAGACAGGAAACCAGGAUGUGAGAGAGAGGGAAGACAUGUGGCGAAGGCCAUCAGGCCAGAACCCAAACCCUCAACAGCCAUGCUGACCAUACUUGGGUCGAUCUUUACCCCUCCACCACCGCCACACUCACUCUUGCUCUCUUUCUAGAUCAUACAUGGUAAUAAUAAGGGAUGCAAUUGUCUCUCUCACUUUGCACCUAAAACCAAGCAAAGGUUUGUGUUCAUUUAUGGAAAUGACCACAAACUGUCUCAUAAGUUUGUGAGAAUCUUCUGCUGCAAAUCAGAUAAUUUUGUUAGAAUGUUUUCUUGGUUUUUAAAUUGCAUGUGUGGUGAAAUAUGUGAUUUACUGUGAUAUAUUUCUAUAUAAAGAAGCUAAACUUACAUCAUGUCACUGACUCUACAGUCAUGUACUGUUUAGGUUCUUGAUGGCUUUUUUAUACCAUAACUAGUUUUUCAACAUGAUUGGUCAUAUUUUAUACAAUGAUUGACACUUAUCUAUUGAUGUCUCACACAGUUAACCCACAAAUUAUUAGCCCCAGCAGAUUUUGAUUUAAAAUGAUCUUAACUCAAUGAAGAAUUGCACUUCUGC